GCACCCACCACCCUUAAACAAAACAUUCACAAGCUAGCUUUGGAAGGAACUUAUUAGCUCAGCAAAUAUCCAGUUCAAUCCAUUACUUGGAGCUUAGGGGAAAAUGGAGACUGGAGUGGCGAGCUCUGCUUACAGGGCAGCACCAAGUAAUAUUUUGGCUCGGCAGCGAUCUGCCGCACCGUGCCGUUCUCCUUCAGCCCUGCGCUCACACUGCCUUAGGCCGAGUUCACUCUUUGGUGAAUCAUUGAGAACAACGUCUUCAUGGGCAAGGAUCUCUACCAAGUCCAGGGCUUAUUCUUCUCUCACUACCAAGUGCGAAAUCGGAGAUAGUCUUGAGGAAUUCCUGACAAAAGCGACUCCGGAUAAGAACUUGAUCAGGCUGCUAAUGAGCAUGGGUGAAGCACUGAGGACCAUCUCCUUCAAAGUCAGGACAGCAUCUUGUGGAGGGACUGCAUGCGUUAACUCAUUCGGAGAUGAACAGCUUGCUGUAGACAUGCUUGCAAACAAUCUCCUUUUUGAGGCUUUGCAAUACUCCCACGUUUGCAAGUAUGCUUGCUCUGAGGAAGUCCCUGAGCUUCAGGACAUGGGUGGACCAGUGGAGGGUGGCUUCAGCGUGGCAUUUGAUCCCCUUGAUGGCUCCAGCAUUGUUGACACAAACUUCACAGUAGGCACCAUAUUUGGUGUUUGGCCUGGUGAUAAACUUACAGGUGUGACUGGAAGGGAUCAAGUUGCCGCGGCUAUGGGCAUAUAUGGUCCUCGUACCACUUACAUUAUUGCUCUUAAAGAUUGCCCCGGAACUCACGAAUUCCUCCUCCUCGAUGAAGGCAAAUGGCAGCAUGUCAAAGAUACAACAUCAAUCGGCGAGGGCAAGAUCUUUUCUCCAGGAAAUCUCAGGGCAACGGCUGACAACCCUGCCUAUAGUAAUCUGAUCAACUAUUAUGUGAAAGAGAAGUACACAUUGCGUUACACAGGAGGAAUGGUGCCCGAUGUCAAUCAGAUCAUAGUAAAAGAGAAAGGAAUCUUCACCAAUGUAACUUCUCCAAGUUCCAAAGCUAAGCUCAGGCUGUUGUUCGAAGUGGCUCCUCUGGGAUUUCUAAUUGAGAAAGCCGGAGGGCAUAGCAGCGACGGCGAACAAUCAGUUUUAGACAAGGUAAUUACUAGCCUUGACGAGAGGACUCAGGUUGCCUAUGGAUCCAAAAAUGAAAUUAUCAGAUUUGAGGAGACUCUCUAUGGUUCUUCAAGACUCAAGGCUGGUGAACCUGUUGGAGCUGCUGCCUGAGCCAAUUAUAUACCCUCUGUUCGCUAUUGUUCUUACAACAAAGUGCUCUUCAAUAUGGAAUUUGAAAGUAUCUUUCUCAUUCCCAUGUUAUGAACGGUGGUAAAAAAUUGAAAUCAGCUCAGUGUCUUCUCUAGCAGCAUUCCGCGGAUGCAAUUUCUUCUUCUCACUUGUAAUGUAUCGAAUGAAUAUAUAAUACAGCAUGCUUGCAGCUUUGAGAGAAAACAAUCCAUCAAUGUAAUACUUAUGUCUAGUUCCUGCAGAACGUUGGUGUUUCCUUCUUUUUGAUAAAAUUCUUUCUGAUGCA